GGACGUGUGCAGAUGCAGACAGUUUUGUUCUUGUCUCUUCAGUGGUAUAACCCCUAGCCACUUCCUGUGAAAAGCGUCAUUUCUUUUCGUUCUCCAAAACUGACUGCUGUCUCAGUCAUGGCUUCUGUCAUGGCCAAUAAAGCUACCAGCCUUCUGAUUUUUAUAAGCAUUCUUCAAGGAACUCUCUGUCAGACCGCCUUCAUAGAACACAAAACAGAGGUGAAUGCCGCAGUUGGACAGAACAUCAGCCUGCCUUGCAUCUUGUCCAACAAGCGUUCAAAAAUCAUCCAGUUACAAUGGCAUAAAGAGAGAAACCAGGGAGAACAAAAAUUAGUGGUGUUUAAUCCUGUCUUUUCCACUCUUUACUUUGCGGAUGUGACACUGGAGCUGGUGAAUGACACAAACACCGCAGAGCUGCGAGGCUCCAUCUUGCAUUUGCAGGAAGCUACAGAACAGGAUAGUGGAGUCUAUGUUUGUGAUAUUACCUCAUUUCCUGAUGGCAGCAUCAAAAACUUCACAAAAGUACAAGUUACAGUGCCGAAAGUUUCAGUGAAGGUCACGCCCACCAACAGGACUGUAAUUGAAGGAGACACAGUGAGUGUCACGUGUGUCUGUGAUCCAUCACCUGACAAGUACAUGUUAUCAUCCUCACUGAGUCAAUCAAUAAUGGAAAGUCGGGAUGGAAAGUUCAUAAUUCAGAACGUUACUCGGCACAUGAGUGACCUGAUCUGUCAACCGCUCUGGAGCUCAUCAAACCAACGUCUACAACACCUCAAUGCAACCGUGCACCUGACUGUAGACUUUCUUGACAAUAUAGAGUGUAGUUCGGAGAGCCAGAUACAAGUUGAAACUGGGACAAAUCUGACGAUUACCUGUGAAGCAAAGUCUUCCAAAUCCUUGCAAUUUGUUUGGAUGAAGCACAACAUGACAGUGUCCUCCAGUCCCAGUAUAAAACUGUGGUCAGUGAGUCCUGAUCAAUCUGGAAUUUACACCCUGAUUGUUCACACCGGAAAUCCUCGUCUACACAGACUGAAGGUUUUUACAGUUACUGUGAUGAACAGAACACACACGGAACAUCGGUGCAGCACCAUGACUACGGAAACAACACCUCAGAUAAGCAGCACAACUAUAACAACACCAGAACUUAAUGUUACAACGGCAACAUUACAAACAGAAUAUAACAGCAGCACCACUGAUAGAACAUCUACAGAGGAAGUCACGUAUAUCAGCACCUCAACUCCAUCUACUGGAAACGUCACAGUGGUGCACACAACAACACACACGGGGGUAAAAAGCUCAGCCACCACCUUCACACAUACAUCAAGAGAGGACAGGACACUGUCUGAGAUUUGCUGUACAUCCAGCCCAGAAUCAGCCAGCAGAGAACUCACCUAUGGACCCUCAAGUACAUCGGAUUCCUUAAGCAAGGCCACUGUGAGAAACAACACCUUAGGUUUUACAAAACAAGAUGGGAGCACCAGUAAGUCACAUGCAGUGUUUAUCAUUCCUUUUCUUCUCUUGUUGGCUGUCAUUGGGUUUCUUUACCGGCAAUACCUCAUUCAGAAAAGGUUGGAUAUGCCGCCCCCAUUCAAGCCUCCUCCACCACCAGUGAAGUACACAUCAGCAAGAAAUAAUGAUAUACCUGUUACUGACAUUUUAGUAUGAUGAACUCAUGCAUCAAAACAGAGCCUUCUAUACUGACAAGUACUUUUGAGUUUUAGGAUUUUUUUUUGAUAGACUAUGUCUGCCUGUAAUAUAUAUAUUUAAGCUAUUCUUUAUUUUGUAAGCAGGAACCCUCUUUCACACUCUGACAUUUCAACACAUUUACUAACUGUCUGGGUUUUUACAUUUUCCCUUGAAAUAUCUGAAAAGGUCAAAGAGUAUGAACAAGGAAACAGGAUGUCAUCAGAAGAAAAAAGCAAAACAAAACAAAAAAAUGCAUGAAGGUUUAGCCUUAGAUACAGCUAUAUCUUAGAUACUAUGGUGCAAAACUGCUAUACUAUGAUUAAAGUUUGCCACUGAAUGUGAUUUUUUUAUGUGAAAAAAGUUAUUUUAAUUUUGUGUCAUAUUCUGUGUAUUCUUUAUUUUUUUCCCCCUGUGAAUUACCUGCAUGUUCUCACAGUUGUUUUGUAUAAAACAGUUCACAUGGCUAUUACUUGUUAUAUUAAAUCUAAUUGUUACUUUAUGAUUAAAUUAAACUUUAUAUGAACCAUUUAUGAAGUGGUAGCUCAGUGAUU